UCAUAAUCAAGCUUGGAAAAAAUCUCAUCCUUCACCAAUCAUCCAUAGUCUCUAAAACAAAGAAAGGAAAAACCCUAAUUUUCAUUAUAAUUCAUAUGGUCAACAAACAAAAUGAAGUAAGGAUUAAGAAAUGCAGUUCUCAUUGGUAAAGAGACUUCAGUGCUCAUGGUUUUUAAUGAGCGAAAAAACUAAGAUAUGAGCUUUAAUGGCGGCAAAAAAUUCCAAUGUAGAAACCCAACACCCAGUUUCAGAUGAAUGGCAAAAGCUUUAAUUCGAGGCAUUUCUUGCCUCAUUUUCGCUCCAUUUCAACGUAACUAUACUUCCAUUUAUAAUCUUCCUAUUUCUCAUCAAAUUUUAACAUGCCUAAAUUCUCAAUACUUGAAGAAAACUCAAUUCAAACAAGUUAAUGCGCAGUUAAUAAUUUCUGGUCGUCUAAAAAUCCCAUUUUUUGGAUGCAAGUUACUUAGACUUUCUUCUCAAUUUGGUGAUUUGCGUUCAAUUUUGUGGGUUUUCGAUCGCAUUGAUUUCCCUGAUUUAGUGUGUUAUAAUACUCUCAUUAAAGCCUUUUCUAAUAGUUGCUUUCCAUCUAAAGGUGUAACAUUUUAUUUUGAGAUGUUGAAAUCUGAGGUUUUCCCGAAUUCUUUUACUUUUCCUCCAUUAAUUGGUUGUUGUGCUAAAGUAGGUGAUUAUAGAUUAGGUGAGAUGUGUCAUGGUCAAGUAAUUAAGAAUGGUUUUGAUGGUGUGAUGCAAAUACAAAAUUCUUUGAUUCAUAUGUAUGCUUGCUGUGGGGUCAUUGAGGUUGCGUUGAAGGUGUUUGAAGGUAUGCUUGAGAGAGAUUUGGUAACAUGGAAUUCAAUCCUUAGUGGGUAUGUAAAAGUUGGUGAUUUGAGAAAUGCACAUAAAAUGUUCGAUGUAAUGCCUGAGAGAAAUAUUGUAUCUUGGAAUGCCAUGAUGACUGGGUAUUUAGAAGGGUAUAAGCCUGGGUGGGUGUUGAAGCUUUUCAGAGAAAUGAUCAGGGGUAGAUUGAUUGGGAAUGAUAUAACUAUGGUUAAUGUAAUUACAGCUUGUGGGAGAUCGGCUAGACGAAGAGAAGGGGCAUCUGUUCAUGGUUUUCUUAUAAGAAGGUUGUGGAAUUUGAGCUUGAUAAUGAAGUCUGCGCUUAUUGAUAUGUAUAAUAAAUGCCUUAAGGUAGCAGUGGCUCGUAGGAUUUUUGAUUGUCUUGUAGAGAGGAAUUUGGUGUGCUGGAAUUCAAUGAUCUUAGGGCAUUGUCUUCAUGGUAAUGCUAAAGACGGACUUAUAUUGUUUGAAAAUAUGAUAGUUUGGAUGGAAGUAGAUAAAGCUCGUGAUCAUGGGUAUGCACAUUUAGGUAGUAAGCAUGGAAUGCUGCCUGAUGAAAUCACCUACAUAGGUGUUCUAUGCGCCUGUACACGAGCAGGGCUGUUGGAAGAAGGGAAAACCUAUUUUUGUGACAUGAUGAACUUGUUUAACAUAAAACCGAAUUUUGCGCAUUUUUGGUGCAUGGCAAACCUACUGGCCAGCAAAGGGCUAGUGCAAGAAGCGCUGGAAACAAUUCGGAACAUAAAGGAAUUUGUUGUUGAUAAGCCCUUGGAAUCAUUGUUGUGGGGAAAUUUGCUUGGUUCAUGCAGGUAUCAAGGUGAUUCAUCUAUUGCAGAACAAGUUGCGAAGGCAUUGAUUGAAAUAGAGCCACAAAAUACAAUGUGUUAUGCAUUUCUUUUGAAUAUUUAUGCUGCUGCUGGUAAGUGGGCAGACGCUGCUAAUGUAAAGGAGCUGAUGAAGCAAAGAGUACCUUUAAAACUGCAUGGUUGUAGUCUUAUAGACUUGAUAGAAGUUGUUCACAAUUUUAGAUUACGAGAUGAGACAUGGCAUGAGCCGGAGAUAGUGAAAAUGUUGGAUAACUUAACUGAGGAAUUCGACUACUUGGAUGGUCAGAUGGGGCCAUUAUCAAUGCCCAAGACUUGAGAUCAGAGUUAGUUUUGAGGUGCAUUUAUCAUUCAAUUUUCCAGAUAAAUAUCUGAUUGAGGGCCAUAGAAUGUGGUUGUACUGUCUAUUGAUCAUGUGUAUUAGUGGUGAAUGGGUGAAUAGCGUAUAUGACGUUGGUGUUGGUCUGAACACUGAACCACGGAAGCUGGAGUUCAUGCUUGAGGACUUGAUGACAUUAUGUUCAGUACGAAAGGGAAGUUGAAGCACGCCGAGCAAUGGGAUAGCGCUUUUAAGGUCAUAAACCUUCCUCACAAAAUCAAGCCUCCAUUUUGUGUUGCUACCUUUUUGUAACAUGACAUACAAUUUCUAGUAAUCCUUUACAACCAAAAAAAGUUGUGGAAUAAAAUCAUCAGAUUUGUUGAAUGUCAAGUUUUACUUGAUAUCAUUCAUUGUCUCAUCUUUUAUGACACAUUUUUAUAAUUUUGAACAUGAACAGCACAGUCAUCUGAGUUUGUACUUGUACCAAAAAUUAUCGUCUGAUCUGCUAUUCCGCUGAGGUUGUACUUGUACCAAUAUGUAUUGCUUGAUCUAGAUGUUGGGAAAGGCGAGUAGGCAAUCUCACAGAUUCAUCUGGCUGGAAGAAAAGUUGCAGGAUCAUGGCCACGAAGAUGCCGCCAGCUUCGCCUAGUUAAAUCCAAUCACAGAACCUGUAUUUAAAGCCAAACAACACAGUGAUCCUCAAAAUCCAUGAUUGGGCUGUAAUGAAACGAAGAAGUGCGAGAGAAACUUGAAAUACCUGAAGUGGAAGCGUUAUCGAAGUUAACGGUCAACGAACUGAAAGUGUAAUGUAAUUCUUCCACAGACGCAACCUAAAGUCCUGCAACACAACACGUUAGUCUUGCCCGGGGGUGAUCUUCCGAAAAACCCCUCCAAUGCUCAAGUCAGAUAGGUGAUGAGAUCAAUAAAUAAACGAUAUGAAUUUAAAUGCAAGGUGGUAUAUAUUAAGAUGUUGAAUGAUUGUGUUUAGGUGUAUUGAUCAUGUGUAGAGAUUUGGGUAGAGUUUUGGUAGGGAAUUCAUGAACCUGGGAGGUAAAGGAUGCUGACAGCCUCUAUUUAUAAGAGUUAAAAAGUAAGUUAUCCCAGGAGAAAGGAAGACAUAAUGGGUGUGAUGGAGGGUAGUGGUAGGUUAUCAUGAGUAGUUUAAGUAAUGUGUAGUUAUUUUAGGGUCAUGGAAGUUACUUACUUGGUGACCAAGCAAGACAGUUGAAAAGUUCAUAAAAGCCCCUUGAUUAGGAGUCAAGGUCAACAUAAAGUCAAAGGAUAUAAAGGUAAAAUUAUGAUUAACAAACAAUUAAUUAAAUAAAUUUAAAUGUUACCAUAACAUUUAGCCCCACGCAUGAAGGAUGAUGUUGAAAGGAGAGCCCUAACGAAAUGAAACAUCUUUCUUUAUGCGGAAACAAUGUUUACUAAGUCAAGCAAAAAUCAUCGGUCUCGACUAAGAGCUCAUUAAGAUGCUCAUGGAGAUCAGCUGAAUCACAUUUUGAUGAAUCUUCUGAUGAAAUAUAAUCAUUGGGCUCAUAAGCUUCGAAUUGGCUGUUCAUAUGUUGAAUUUCGAGUUUUAACGAAAAAGUUAUGACAUAAAAAUAGUUAUAUGAAAAUCACUAAGGCCAAGUAAAAGGUAAGUAAGGGAAUUGGAUCCGCGGCUGGUUGGGGGUCUGAACUUCAUAAGUAACGUGUAUAAAACUUAACGGCAAAAAUGGAGAAUUAAAGACACGGAGACUUGAUUCCGCGACUUCGGAGUUGUAACAAGAGUGAUAUAGUCAUCCAAGACAGCUGCGACUUCGUGAAGUGUGCUUUCCACUCCACCUUUUAAAAUACUAACAUCACGGAAUUCCUCAUAACUUUGAAAAAUUUUCAGAAAUUUGACCAUCAUAUGUCGAGUCCGACUUGUCUACUUCACAGACAAAAUAUACUUUAUUUUCGUGUAUAAGUUCAUAAUGUCAGGGAUAAAGUUACAUGACUCAUGCUUGAAUGACAUCACUUGAGCAAGUGAUGACGCGGCUUAAAAGGAUGAUGAGGCUUCUUUGGAGUAUACAUUGACCUUUAUUUUCUAAGGGACUCAAUAUGGGAGUUCGACUCUUCUAUGUCACGGAAUGCCCAUACAGUUAGAGUAAUAUCUUCUAGGACAUUAAGCCACCAAUACUUUUCAGUUCUUUUGUAUGACGAAAUAAUGCUGCGGCAUCAACAAGCCCCCCCACUAUUUCCAUCCAUACUUAGAAAUUUUCUUAGAUUCUUGGCUUAAUAGAGGGUCCGACUAAUCGAGGAAGCGGAUAAACUAAGAUAAGAGUUUCUUCAAUACUUAGAAUAUUUUACGUUCACUUUGAGAUCUUUGAGGAGUCCGACUUAUCGAUGAUACGGACAUGUCCCCAAAUGAUAGUACGACUUUUGUUCAGUAUGUCCCCACUAUAAUAAGUGACUUGGCAAUAUGGUGACAUGGAUUAUUACUAGAAUGCGAAUCUUUGUUGUCGCGGCUACAAACUAACCGAUAACUCGGCCACUAUGAAAUACUUAGUUUUAUUUUCAAAAUAUCUAACCUGACUUGAGAGUCCGACUUAUCGAUGUCCCGGUCAAGUGAUGGCACGGUGAA